AUGGCCGGUCGCGGCAAAGGCGGCAAGGGCCUUGGCCAUGGCAUGGGCGGAAAGACUGGUGCCAAACGCCACAGGAAGGUUCUCCGAGACAACAUCCAGGGCGUCACCAAGGGAGCCAUUCGACGCCUGGCACGCCGCGGUGGUGUGAAGCGUAUUUCGGCUGGCAUCUACGAGGAAACCCGUCAUGCUCUCCACCUGUUCUUGAAGGACAUUCUUCAGGACUGUGUGACAUACACGGAAUAUCGUAGAGCGAAGACCGUGACAGUCACCGAUGUCAUUUACUCACUGAAGCGCAAGGGACGUCCCAUCUACGGCUUCGACGAUGGCUACAAGAUGGCACAGCAAGCUGGCAAACGCCGCCAUGUCGUGUAG